AUGGUGACCAGCAGAGAAACAGCUUCUCUGACACUUGGAAUCCAGAUGCUGGAAUAUAGCAAUGCCCAGGUUUCCUGGGGUUAUCCACCACAGUGCCAUAAUUCCAGAGCUGGCUUCCUGGGAUCAGUAGACACAGAUCUGGCCCUUCUGUCAACCAGUGACAGCAGAGACACACCCUCAGAUUUGGCUGGGAAGACAGCAAUAGAACAAUGUCAAGUUGAUGCCAUUGUGGACACACUGAAUGAUUUCAUGUCAAGUUUUCCCUGGACAGAGAAAAAUCAAGAAGUAAAAAGUCACGUGUUUAAUGAGCUGCUUACACGUGAGGCACCUCACCUUCUGCAAGAUUUGGAAACAUAUUUAGGGGACAAAGAGUGGUUGAUUGGUAACUCUGUGACUUGGGCAGAUUUCUACUGGGACAUCUGUAGUACCACACUCCUGGUCUUUAAACCUGACUUGCUGGACAGCCACCUGAGGCUGGUGACUUUGCGGAAGAAAGUCCAAGCCAUUCCCCGCAUCGCUGCCUGGGUGCAACGCAGACCCCAGACCAAACUCUAGCUGAUCCGUGCCGCCUCUGGCUUUGCUGUUCACAGUCAUCUCUCCCUCCAAACACGCCAGCUCCAUCACCUGCCCCAAUAGCCUUCCACACACUCCCCACCCUACCUCCACCAGGACAUCCACUAUUGCCAUAUCCUGGAUUAAAAAAUAGUAUUGAGUUUC